GGAAAGGGCUGGGUACAGCAGAUUCGACCAGUGCAGUAAGUAUGAAUAAUCCCCGUGCCACAGACGUCCAUACUCCGUGGAAGCCCCAUGAAAUAAUGGCAGUACUAAACCGAAUCCCUGAUGGAAAGAAGCCGCCUGCUGCUUUUAUAUAUUAUUUAAGAACCACAAUGCGUGUAUAUCAUGCAGAUUCCCAGGAUUUGUGGGAAACCAUACAACAGAUAAUUACUCCAGCUGAAAAUACAAAAUUUCUAGUAGCCCUAGAACGCCCAACUUAUGAAGCCUGGGCAAAUGUAGUAAUGGAUGACAGUGCAAGAGAAGAGGCUGUUUUAACUGCCCUUGCAAAAAAAAUUCAGAAACCAAGUGAUUUUAAACGAAUUCUGGAAAUAAAACUAGAAAAGGGUGAAGGAGCAGACGAAUUUCUAGACCGUUUUUCAAAAUUAUAUAUGGACCAAUCAGAUGACUUAGACUAUCAGAAUGGAGCAAGUUCCCCUCAGUAUUGUGCUAUCCUAUUGAAUUGUCUGCCCACUAAAAUAGCGGACUUAAUUAAAACUGAUAACAGGAACUGGUCUGAAAACCGAGCCAGUCAAAUGGCCAGAGCUGUGAUGCACUAUUGGAAGGAGGGGAGGAACCAGGAACAUUAUCCUGUAACUAUAAGAGAAAGUGAACGCAAGGCCAAGAAAGAAUUGGCAACAUCUAACUCUGAACCAUGGUUUCCCAGAGUACCAGCAAAUUACGGAUUGGGAGAAAUUAAGGUUCCAGAUUUCUCGGAUUAUUAUCACAACUACACUCCCAAUUUCCAUUCCAAUGGAACCAAGGGGUAGAAUAAAGCCAACCAUAUUGCCUAAUCAAUGUUAUAUUGGUGGG